AUCAUGACACCGUGCAGCUGAGUGUCAGAGUGCACAGUCCAAUUAGGAGUAAUGUCUACCUAUAUUUUGGGUGUAGACGUGGGCACCACUUCUAUAAAAGCCGUUUUAAUAGAAACCGGCUCCAGAGCGGUGGCUGCCAGUCACGCGUUGCCUACUACGUCAGAUAUAAUCGACGGCGGUGGGAUAAAGGCCAAGGAGCAGCACACCGGCCGGAUCAUAGACACCUUGAACCGGUGCAUCGGCCUGCUGCCCAGAGACAAACUGCAGCAUGUGAGCAGCAUCGGGCUGUCAGGACAGAUGCACGGGGUUGUGUUCUGGAAAGGGAAAGGCGGUUGUGACUGGACCAACAAGGACUUCUUCACUGCCAGAGACACCAGUCAGCUGAUCACCUGGCAGGAUGGGCGCUGCAGCAUUGACUUCCUGUCGUCUCUACCAAAGCCACGCUCGCAUCUCAGUGUGGCCACGGGCUUUGGCUGCGCGACCAUCUUCUGGUACAUGAGACACAGGCCCGAGUUCCUGGAGGAGUUCGCGGUGGCGGGCACCAUCCAGGACUACGUGGUGUCCAUGCUGUGUGGCCUGGACGGGUGCGUGAUGACGCCUCAGAAUGCAGCCAGCUGGGGCUUCUUCAACACCUCCUCCAACCAGUGGAACGUAGACAUUCUGAAGGGUGCCGGCUUCCCUUUGCGCCUGCUUCCUCAGUGUGUGCCGUCUGGAGGCUUGGCGGGACAGACGUGUUCUGACUGGCACGGUAUCGCUGCCGGUACGCCAGUAGGGGCGGCCCUGGGAGACUUCCAGUGCUCCGUCUACUCCUGCAUGAGCGCACGGACGGAUGCAGUUCUUAACAUAAGCACCUCGGCCCAGCUGACCUUCGCCAUGCCAGCUGACUUCAAACCGGCAGAUUCUCCUCAGCCGGCCUCCCCCGUCUCCUACUUCCCGUACUUCGAAGGCUCGUACCUGGCGGUGGCGGCCUCACUUAACGGAGGGAAUGUACUGGCUACUUUUGUGGAGAUGCUCGCUUCCUGGAUGAGAGAGCUCGGUGCAGAGCUGAGUGAUUCGUGCCUAUACGGGAAGCUAAUUAAUUCCGCCCUGAAUCAGGAAACCAGCGACCUCACGGUGAUCCCGACCAUCCUGGGAGAGAGACACAACCCUCUGUGCCUGGGUCAGGUGACCAACAUCUCCACUACCAAUCUGUCCCUGGGUCAUCUGACCAGGGCACUGUGCCAUGGAGUCCUGGCCAACAUCACCUCCAUGAUGCCCGCUGAGCGUCUGCGGGAGGCAGGGGUCACCAGGAUAGUGGGCAGCGGGAGCGCCAUCGCCCACAAUGAGGUGCUGCGGCAGGAAGUGGAGAGGGCGUUUCCUCAGCCGGUGGUCUACGGACAAAACGCUGACUCCGCUGUCGGCGUGGCCAUGGUGCUGUGCGACCGGCAUUGAGCAAGAGUCGUAAUCCACAGUGUCUGAAUAUCCGUUUAAAAGAUUAAUUGAGGAUUUUGCACAUUUUUUUUUUAGUACCUCAUCAAAAGGUAGACAGACUGAAAUUCUGCAACAUGCCUUUGCUCAAUGGAACUUAACCGUGUGUUUUCCAGGACAUGGAUGAAAAGCCUUGUGUUUUGAGAUUUCAAAGGACCAAAAGAUCAAACUAUCUGUGCAGCUACGAACCCCCCUUAGAAAUUUUUUAUUUCUGGCUGUAUCUUGCUGUUAAUUAGUCUUUUUUUUUUCUUUUCAGACAACACUGUGACACAAAUAAGAAAUAUUUCAGCAGUGUAAAAGUUAAAGUCAGGUUUCGAGGUGUGAGAUUUUUUUUCUUAGAGGUGCAAAUUUGCGAUGAUGUUCAUCAUUCAUCAGAAAAAAAUCUACUCUCGAGGAGCUUAUUCCUCCACUAAUAGAACACGGUGCAACAACCAAAUUCGCCGUAAAACUUCACGUGUAUGCAAGGUUCCCUCUAAGUUUGAUUGUUUCCAUCUCGACUCUGUCAUCUUUAUUUCACUUCUCCAGUCUGCACCUGUGUAGUCAGUUCCAUAGAUAGUCAUAAACCAUAGUGUGAGUGAUGGAAUUUAUAUCUGAAUAAUUUCUUGUUCUACUUGCGCUUGUAUCACAAGAAGUUUAACCGUCAACAUGACGUUGCCGCUGAUAUUUCUGGGUUUUCCUGUUCAGAUGCGAGCGUGUUCAAAUGGCAAAGUCUUUACAAGCCACUCGCAUGUACAUUUUGUACAGCACAGUCAAACAAGCAGGUUCGAAUAAAAAAGCAACAGAGCAAGAUUCCUGUCCAAAUAAGAUAAGCCGGAGUAUUAAAUGGGUCUGUUAUUCAAAAUAAUUCUUGCCUGCAGUGACAUUUGAACAGAGAUAGACUUUAUAUCAGUUAAAGUUAAGAAAAGUACAACUACGACGUUACAAUUAAAUAAUGAGCUGAUUAAUUCUGUGCUUUCUAGUAAAAUGGUUAGUGGGUACACUUUGAAUUUCCAUUUAUUAUCUACUAGAGUCUAAAUAGCUCAUCGAGGGAAAUGAAAAAGUAACGCUGGGCAGUUUUACAUUUGUUACCAUUUACCCUUUUAAUAUCGCCAUUGUAUAUCUGAAAGUCUUGAACACAUGGUGCCUUGAACGGAACCUUGUCCACAUCAGGAUUCUGUCAGAAUGAGUAGUUGAUUAAAGUACCCACGAUGUAACGGUUUUGAUCUGAUCGUCUGAAGUUAACCUCUUCUGGAGCAGGUUAGCUGUGCAGCACAGGUGACUAUGGUGAUCUGCCGUAUUUUAAAGUGAACCAGGGCUAUCAUACCAAUAACCAGAGAUACCCCACUAAUCUUAGGGUGCAAUCUUGAAUGUUUGUGAUACAGGCCCCAGGCUAGCACAUUUAUUUAAGGAUGGGUGCAGUCGAUGCGUGCUCAUUCACCGUCUCUGCAGGUCCUUCGAUCCAGAUGAGAUGUGGUUAGCUUGUCUUUAAAUUUCAUGUUUUCACUGUCCCCGUAUGAGGACGGGUGGCCUCAACUUCAAAUGAAAUAAUGGUUUGUCUAAAUUUGAUUGAGAUUGAGGGUUACUGCACCUUCUUUGCCUUCUUUUGUCUCAGAUCUUCAAUUGUGGAUUUCAGCUAUUCACAUAGGGCAUAAAUGUCUUUAAUUUGUGUCUGUUUUUAAUGUUAAACUUGUAUUUAUCGACAAAUCUGUCUCGAUUCUGCUGCUGUGUUUUGUCACGAUCCGAAACUAACUAUAAAGGCAAUCAACGUAAAAAUAAAAUGGACGCAACCAACAGUU